AUGCAGUGCAUAACAUUGAAAUAAUUAUUUGAUUUUGCACGAUAUCAUCCUCUGUAGAGAGAAAAGGAGAUGAACUAAAGCCAAGGUAAAGCGCGCUAACUUAGUCUAGAAAACUCACAAGGCGCAAAGGAACGAUACUCAAGCAGGGUACGUUUGUUUUGUCUUUUUUUUUUUAAACUAGUUCAGGUUUUUAGGUUAUGAAUGCGACCAUUUCUUCUUAUACAAAUCCUAAAUUAUUUCACCCACUGCGCAACUUAAACAUAUUUAUCCCUUUAGGAAGAUCAAGCUAUGUAUCAAUGGACCAAUGGGAUUUCAAAGCUCAUCACUGUUUAUUUCCGCUCUAGUUUUCAAGGGCUCUGAAGUUUACUUCCGGUCUCAACAUUUCAAACAGCAUGCAGUGCGCAGACGUGUAUGAGAGUCUCAAUGGGGUUAACCGCUUGCCAUAAAAGGGCCGCAAAAUGUAGCCGGUUGGCGUAAACAUUGACAACUUUUAACUGACAACCGUAACAAAAUUUAACCGUAAAAAAAUUACUGCUGACAACAAUGGAAUGUUAUUUACCGCUAGCCGUAAAAUGGCCAAGAUUUUAAACGUUAGCCAUAAAAGCUAAUCGACUGGAAUGUAAAAGAAUAACAACUGGGUCCGCCAUACAUGAAAUAGGUCUAUGAGUUGGUGAAGUAUCUUAUUAUUGCUUUUAACAGGUAGAGACUAUUUUAGAACUUCCAUUGGCCACGGAUAUCCGAUUGAGAAACUCUCACACAAUUUUUCAAGAACAUAGUGAACAUUUUGAAAGUCAUGUCUAGUUCUGACGAUUAAGGUUCGCCAGAGAAGCCAUACCCCAGCGAACCGAGUAUGGCAGCUUCUUCACCUUCAUCACUUGCCAGUUCUGAAGAAAAGACAAAUGGAGCCAAGCUCAGAAGACUUCUUAUUGAUGGUGGUACAGCGGUUUUGAGGAACUGUUUCGAUAGCUUUCACCCCCCUGCCAAACUAGCUUCUGGUCUUAACGCUAACUAUUUGACGCUGGAUGCUCUUCUAAGGAAAAAGGUGUUGCGUUCAGUCCAGUGGGAUCAACUUUUCCCACCUGGCGGAGAUCCACCUGACUCCAAAGAGUUUGAUAUCACUCUUCUGUUUCUCCUUUUGACCAACAUUUGUGGUCUAACCCCUCCUUCCUCGGGAUGGCACUCGAAGCCACCUGUUAGCGACACCUCUCUUGAGGCCAACCUUGCCCGUGUGAAGUUUUUCCGCAAUGAGUUGUAUGGCCAUGUGUCCACCACUGGUGUUGAAAUGUCAGUGUUCUCGUCUCUGUGGCAGGAAAUUAGUACAGUCCUUGUUGAUCUUGGGUUAGACCAAGGAGAAAUAGAUAAAUUAAAAGCGGAACAUAUCGGAGAGGAAGACUAUAUUGACUUGUUGCGUGCGUGGUCUGAGAGUGAGGAGGAUACAAAGUCACAGCUGAGGGAUAUACGUAAUAUCCAGAUACAGAUGCAUAAAGACGUUGUAGAUCUACAUCAGAACCAAAAGGAAGACCAGAAAACACUGGAGGAUACCAAGUCUAAAUUGGAGGAAUUUUCCCAGUGUCAGGUAAAAACUCUUGAAGCUGUUGAAGAAAUGCAAGCGGGUAUCGAAGGAUUUAAACAGGUGGCUGAGAGCGAAAAGAAGAGAAAAGAAGAGAAUAGGGAAGUUGAGGCCCUGAAAAGCCUGGCGGACGUCGACUUCCGAGGAGACAUUGAAUAUCAUGUACAAAGAUUCCAGGAAGGAACCCGUGAAUGGAUCUUCCAAAAAAUCGAUGGAUGGCUCGACGACAAAAGUUGCGAAAAUCGGGUAAUGGUCAUAAGUGGCAAUGCUGGCAUGGGAAAGUCAGUUAUCUCGGCUGUUGUGUGUGAGAGAAUGCAAGAAGCCGGUCGACUGUCAGGAAGCCACUUCUGUCAGCACAACAACGUACGCUAUCGGAAUCCGCAGCUAAUGCUUCAAUCCUUAGCCUCUCAUUUGACUCACACCUUACCCGAGUACAAGGCAGCUCUCGUCGAAAAAUUAUCACGCAAUCUGGGGGUACCACUUAACAGCAUGGGUGUCGAAGAGCUGUUUGCUUUGCUUUUGAAGGAACCUCUUCAUGCUAUUCAAGAUCCAGGAAGAAACAUCUUAAUGGUGAUAGAUGGCUUGGACGAAAGUGAAUAUCAAGGACGGAACGAGCUCCUCGAUGUCAUUGGCAAGCACUUUUGUAAGCUCCCAAAAUGGAUUCGAUUUCUCGUGACAGCGCGACCUGAAAUAAACAUUACGGAGAGCCUGAAGCAUCUGCAGCCCAUCCACCUUAAUCAAAAACAGGAAGAGAACUUAAACGACAUUAAGCGUUUCUUUGAACUACGUCUGGGAAAGCAACUUGAGCAAGAACAUAAGAAUGCUUUCUUGGACAAACUGGUUCAAAGGACUGAAGGUAUUUUCCUAUUUGCGUAUUUUCUCAGUGCUGUACUCGAAGAGAAUGCCCUGCCACUUACUCUCGAGGAGGUGGAGAGCAGAUUGCCGUUGGGUAUUUCAUCCGUUUAUCUUGAUCAUUUUACACGGUUAGAAAAGGAACUUUGCAAAGAGUUAAAGAUUGAAGAGGACCAAGUGUUACGUUUCCUUUGCGCUCUAACCGCUUCCAGAGAGCCCCUCCCAUUGGCGUUUGCCUCCAGAAUACUAGAGCCUGAUGGGAACUGUUCCAUUUCCCGGCGAAAAGUAAAUAAGAUAAUCGCCUGUAUCUCUGCUCUUUUACCAAUCUACCACGAUCGACUUCACUAUAUCCACAAGUCAGUAAAAGAUUGGUUAACAAAUACGUCGUUGUAUGGUCGACAUAAAUUCAUCGUGGACGAGAAAGAGGGCCAUGAGAUCCUCUUCGACCUUUGCAACGCUGAGCUUGACAAAAUCAAAGGGAAGAAGCUUCUCGAUUCCCAGUUCAACGACGCUGAACAAUACGCAUUGCAACAUGGUGUCCAGCACAUGACUGAGCUGGAUGGACUGGGUAAUAGUUCAACAACCUACAUAGAUCACCUGGUAAAAUCCUAUGUCUUAGACUUAGAACUCAUUUUUUGUAGACUUUGUGUAAACAGCAUGGUUCCUUCAGAUGAUCUAAAAAGUGUUCAAAGGAACAUCAACGUUACCUCACUUCAAGAGGGAAGUUGUUCUUCAAUACUAUAUAUGUCAAAAGCCCUACGAAAACACUCCCAUCUUUUGAGAGACCACCCAGAGGCUUUGUUUCAAAGCUUGGUCAACGAAGGCCCCCCUGAGCUAUCUGUUAAAGCAGCGCAGAUCCUUGAAAACAAGCUUCCUCAUGCCUCGUACAUGAAAUACUUAGACAAAGAAGAAGAACAAGGAGUAGUUCUAGGUCGAUUUUGCUGUUCAGAUACCGUAGCAUGCUUUGAUGUUUCACCUGAACUGGAUUAUAUGGUGUGUGAAUGCCGAGACGGAACAAUUCAUCUCUGGUCUCUUCAGACAGGGAGUGAAGAAUGGAAGCGACCUUCCCUAAUUGCGAAAAAAUUUGAGGGCACAUCGCGUUGGGGUACUCUAGCAUACGAUGAAGGAGCAUUUCGUAGAGUGCGAUGUUGUGUGACUUUUUAUCGUUCGGUAGUUUUUGAUGGAAGUGGAAAGUAUGUUUUACCAGGAUGCCUGCGAAAUGUGUACACUCUCAAUGGAGAAUCCUAUGAGCUUUUUCCGAAAAGCGAUUGCGUUUUUUCAAAUUGUGCGUUUUCAGGAGACAGGAGAACAUUUUUAACCGACUGUGGUGAUGAUCCAAAGAAACUCUCUUUGUGGAGCUUAGAAAAUGGCGCCGAAUUAUACGGCAUACCUUUGAAAGAAAUUAUUGUAUCUUUUGCUCUUUCUCAAGAUGGAUCACUCGUUGCAGUUACAGAUGAUACUGGGUCUGUGUACGUCAUUGAUUUGGACUCUAUGCGAGGAAUAUGUUUAUGGCAGACCAAAUUUGUGCCAUGUGGACUAAUGCACCUCUCCUUCGAUGUUGAGUACACGUUGGUUUGUGGUUAUCUAGGUACCCAGCUUGAAGACAUUGGAUCCCAGCACAGAUUCGUGUGGAAUUAUGAAAACAGUGACUUCAAGAUGUGUUCAUUUGGAAAGGAAGAUCUAUUCUCUUCUUCAGCGGGUGUCUCAUGGCCGUUAGUUCCAGAGGGCAAGUUUCUUUUAUGGCCCAUUGGUUCAAGCAAUUUUGAUUUGCAAGAUUUUUACCUUCAAGUAGAUGGAGAGACUUGUCUGGUGGAGAACGUAAGCCGUGUUUUUCCAGAUUUACGAGUAGGAUUUUACGCGAGGCUGUCAGACAACACAAUAUUGGCCAGCGGCCCAUUGUACAACUACGUUGCGUUGGUGGACGUGAGUCAUCGAGAUUGUUCUGCUAAAAGCUCAGCAGUCAAGGAGGUGGUGCUUUCUCUUGAGGGAGACACUCUGUAUUCUAUUUGUUCGGAUAACAGUUCUUCUGAAGUGACCGUUUUAAGACUGUCGACCCGAGAAAGUUUAAUGCCGAAGAAGUCUUUCGCUGUUCCGUCUCUGUUUCUUCUCUCUCUGAAGGAAGGCGUUGUACUUUGUUUGGGAAAUGGGAUACCAGAGCUUUGGAAUUUUGAAUUGACCAGACUUAUUCGACCUCUUCCCAAAUUGAGUGGCUAUGAAAGGCUUUCCCGUAUAUCACCUGCACUCAUAGCUUGUCAAAGGUAUAGCCGUCAUCUAACGACAGAGGAAUAUACAAGUCAAAUUCCAUCAUUCGAAGGAACAGAUCUGCCGGAAGUGGUGGCUUCGAAUUCAAAUUCAUCGGUGGACACUGAAACACCUUCGGUUGUGCACGAUUCAACAGAUGUAUCAGAUGAUGCAAUUUCACCAAACCCGUUUGAUCUUCUACGCAUGCAACAGCCUAUGAUGCAUUUAAGUUUAAUCACCCAUAGGGUGCUUGAAGUAGACAUCUUCAACGUUACCAGUGAGGAGGUUAUCUCUUCUUGGAAAACAAAGGUUUAUUCUGACGAAAGUAUUAAAUUUGUUUACUGCAAUAUUCGGGGUGAAUUUCUCGUUUGUAGUUGUAAGGAGAUAGACGAUGACAUUCUUGACAUUGAUUGUGAAGAGUUGACAGUUUGGUGGAGAAAGAACAACUCCAUCACAAAGUUGUGGGAAAGAAAGAGUAGAAUAUAUGGUGGAGAUUCUUUUUCACCCCAGUUUUUGAUUUCGCCCAAAGAAGAGUUUGUUGUGACUUGGGAUUCUCUCUAUGCAGGCUGUGGUUUACAUAUCCUUGAUGCCAGAUGUGGCGAAACGAAGCACCAUCUGCUUAAAAACCGCGAUGACAUUGUUGACUGCCAAUUUACUUGCAACGAUGAGUCUUUGCUUUGCUGCACUAGCGACCACUUCUGUCGAUUGUUUCACCUAAGAACUGGUGAACUGCUCUGCUUGCUGGACAUCGAGGAGAGACCAUUCAGUCUGGGUGCCUGCACACGUAACGAUCUUGUAGCUGUUGGUUUGUCGUCGGGUAGAUUGAAAUUCAUCCAUGUUAAGCUGCCAAGAAGAAAAGAAUCAGAAAGUAAAGGUUCAUUGACCAAAACCAAGUGGAAGUGAACGGAAGAACAUCAAUGAAUUUUUGUUGCUCUCGAAAAUCGUCACGUUACAUUGAAACCAUCUUGAAAACCAAUUCACAGAACAAUAUUGACUACAUGUCGAUCAAUCCGAUCAUAUGGAUGAUUUCGAUGAUUCACUAAGCUUAGAUGCAGCAACUUGUGCGCCUAGUAUAAGACUAGAGGGAACAGCGCGGUCAAACGUGUGCGCAUGUUCUAAACCAGGAGCAGUCUGCGAAACCAAACUGUCAAAUGCUCCCGCAUUUUCAAUCUGAUUUGGCGCAACAAAAAAGCAAAACGUAAAACUAUGUAACUGCUGUGGUCACCUCAACCAUGGAGUUAAGAGUUCUUUUGUUUUAAGCUUGUGGAGGAGUUUAACUUCCGAUAAUAAGCGGUGACGCGGUCAAACCGUAAAAAUACGUAAAAGUAUCGCUGGCGCCUGUGGACUUUGCUCCUCCGACGCCGUCAUCAGCUUAGAAAUCUGUCAUUGGACACUUGAUACUUUCGCUCGGCUCGCUCUUUUUUUCUCUUCACUUUGAGGAUUUUCAAGUUCAUUUUGCGCUGAAAGAAUCCGAAGACUUGUUCGUUGUAAAAUGCAAACCCUUACCUAUUAGUGCCAAUGAUGUCAAUUCCACUGUUUGAGUUGAAGAAGUCGAACAUCUGAAGCGACACAGGAGUGAAAAUGCAUGCAUCAGGGGUCUUCAUUUUGCUUCAAUAAUGUCGUGCUAAGCAAAUAGCUUAAGGGCAAAUAAACUUGUGAAUUUGUAAAAA